CGGGCAUGCGCAUAGAGAGGAUGCCAUAUUGGAAUGAGGCUGUAGUGGGAGCUGGAGGAUCCGAGCGGGCGCGCUAGUGAGGCGGCGGGUAGAGAGCGAGUGAGCCAGGAGGGCGGGUGAGCGGGACCAGCGCCCACUCCGGUCGUACCCGGGGCCCUGGCUUCACUAUCCUGGGCAGGAUAAACUUCAUCAGGUAACCUGCUGCAGGAUGAACUAAGGGAAGAGGACAUAUAGUCAUCAGCGUGGAGAAACAUUUGGCAGUUUCCAAGAUGCAAAACUCAUCCUCUUUAUUGGAAAAGAAAACUGGCCCAGCAAAUGGGAAUGGGGAUCUUGAUUCAGAGGAAGGUUCUGGCCUGGAGGAAAAUGGCUUCAGCUGGGGAGACUAUCUGGAAGAAACAGGCACCAGGGCGGCGCCACACUCAUCCUUCCGGCAUGUGGAGAUCAGCAUUCAGAGUAACUUCCAGCCGGGAAUGAAGUUGGAGGUGGCCAAUAAGAACAAUCCAGACACUUACUGGGUGGCCACGAUCAUCACCACCUGUGGACAGCUGCUGCUUCUGCGUUACUGUGGUUAUGGGGAAGACCGAAGGGCUGACUUCUGGUGUGACGUGAUCAUAGCAGAUCUACACCCUGUGGGGUGGUGCACACAGAACAACAAGGUGUUGAUGCCCCCGGAUGCAAUCAAAGAGAAGUACACAGACUGGACAGAAUUCCUCAUACGUGAUUUGACUGGUUCUCGGACAGCACCUGCAAGCCUUCUGGAAGGCCCUCUGCGAGGGAAAGGCCCUAUAGACCUCAUUACAGUUGAUUCCUUAAUAGAGCUCCAGGACUCUCAGAACCCCUUUCAGUACUGGAUAGUUAGUGUGAUUGAAAAUGUCGGAGGAAGAUUACGCCUUCGCUAUGUGGGAUUGGAGGACACUGAAUCCUAUGACCAGUGGUUGUUUUACUUGGAUUACAGACUUCGACCAGUUGGUUGGUGUCAAGAGAAUAAGUACAGAAUGGAUCCACCUUCAGAACUCUAUCCUCUGAAGAUGACUUCUGAGUGGAAAUGUGCUCUGGAAAAAUCCCUAGUUCUUGCUGCAGAGUCUCCUCUUCCAAUGGAAGUAUUUAAGGACCAUGCAGACCUCCGAAGCCAUUUCUUCACAGUUGGGAUGAAACUGGAGACAGUAAAUAUGAGUGAACCCUUUCAUAUCUGUCCUGCAUCAGUGACCAAGGUUUUUAACAAUCAUUUUUUCCAAGUGACUAUUGAUGACCUAAGACCUGAACCUAACAAACUCUCGAUGCUGUGCCAUGCAGAUUCUUUGGGAAUUUUGCCAGUACAGUGGUGCCUUAAAAACGGAGUCAACCUCACUCCUCCCAAAGGUUACUUGGGCCAGGACUUUGACUGGGCAGACUAUCACAAGCAGCAUGGGGCAGAAGAAGCACCGCCCUUCUGCUUCAGAAAUGCAGCAUUCAAUCGGGGCUUCACAAAGAACAUGAAGCUUGAAGCUGUGAACCCCAGGAAUCCAGGGGAGCUGUGUGUGGCCUCUGUGGUCAGUGUGAAGGGACGAUUGUUAUGGCUCCAUCUAGAAGGUCUGCAGACUCCAAUUCCAGAGGUCAUUGUGGAUAUGGAUUCCAUGGAUAUCUUCCCUGUGGGCUGGUGUGAAGCGAAUUUUUACCCCUUGACCACACCGCACAAAACAGUCUCAGAAAAGAAGAGAAAGAUUGCAGUUGUACAGCCGGAAAAACAAUUGUCAUCCACAGUGCCUGUUGAGAAAAUACCUCAUGACCUCUGCUUAUUCCCUCACGUGGACGCCACAGCAGGGACUGUCAAUGGGAAGUACUGCUGCCCACAGCUCUUCGUCAACCACCGGUGUUUCUCAGGCCCGUUCCUGAACAAAGGGAGGAUCGCAGAGCUACCUCAGUCUGUGGGACCUGGCAAGUGUGUGCUGGUGCUUAAAGAGGUUCUCAGCAUGAUCAUCAAUGCAGCCUAUAAGCCCGGGAGGGUACUGCGAGAACUGCAGCUGGUAGAAGAUCCCCACUGGAAUUUUCAGGAGGAGACCCUCAAGGCAAAGUACAGAGGCAAAACGUACAGGGCUGUGGUCAAGAUCGUUCGGACGUCAGACCAAGUAUCGAAUUUCUGCCGGCGAGUUUGUGCCAAGCUGGAGUGCUGUCCAAAUUUAUUUAGUCCCGUGCUGAUCUCCGAAAACUGCCCAGAGAACUGUUCCAUUCACACCAAAACCAAAUACACCUAUUAUUAUGGAAAAAGAAAGAAGAUCAUUAAACCCCCAAUUGGGGAAAGCAGCAUUGAAAGUGGACAUCCAAAACCGUCCAGGAGAAGGAAACGGCGGAAAUCUAUCUUUGUGCAGAAGAGACGGAGAUCUUCUGCUGUGGACUUCCCAGCGGGCUCAGGGGAGGAAAGCGAGGAGGAGGAUGCAGACGCCCUGGAGGACGACACCGCGAGCGAGGAAACUGGUUCCGAGGUCCGAGACGAUCAGACGGACACCUCCUCAGCAGAGGUGCCCUCUGCCCGGCCCCGGAGGGCUGUGACCCUGCGGAGCAGUUCAGAAGCUGUGAAGCGGCCUCCAGUGGAGCGGGCACGAAGGGUCCGCCCAGUGCCAACCACUACGCCUGCUGACGAAGGAGACAAGGGCCCUCCUGCUAGGCCCGAGGAGCCAGAGGAAACAAAGCAGGAGGAGGAGGAAAGACUGAUCCUCGAGAGCAAUCCACUGGAGUGGACCGUCACAGACGUGGUACGAUUUAUUAAGCUGACGGACUGUGCGCCCUUGGCCAAGAUCUUUCAGGAGCAGGACAUCGAUGGUCAGGCACUCCUCCUGCUGACUCUCCCGACCGUGCAGGAGUGCAUGGAGCUGAAGCUGGGACCUGCUAUCAAGUUAUGCCAUCAGAUCGAGAGAGUGAAAGUGGCUUUCUAUGCGCAGUAUGCCAACUAACUCGGCUUCCCCGGGGUGGUGCCUGAUUCUGAUGAUGCUGUGUUUGUGAAGGUUUCCAGGACCGAUACCUUGAUUUCCUGGGCUUUGUGAAAUGGCACAUUCGUUGAGGAUCUCCAGAAAGCCAGAACCCCAGGACCUCCUCGAAGCACCAGCCUGUUUGAUAGUUCUGUUUCUGAAGCACACAGAAGGACGACAGCAGCAGUUCCUGGGAUGGAGCGGAAGUUCUGAGACAGAACUUCCCCCAUUCUUGACUCAUUUCUUGAUCUCUGUGUUUCAUUUUUCUCCCAUCUAAGCUAGGCAGCUUCCUGUAAGCCAAGUUUCCUUACACUGAGGUCCAGGUUCUCGGAAACCAAGAAGGACCGGGUGCCUCCAAGCAGAAUCCCUGGCUCGCUGGCAGUUUUGCCUGACUCACUCUCAGGCUCUUUCGUAGCCCCACAUAUGCAAACUACUGUGGUCUGGAGCCACCUGCUUCCCAUUUGACCUCACUGACAGCUAGCUCCUUCUCUAACACAACUGUGGACUCUGUUUCCAGAUGCUGGUCUAAAACAAUGAGCCAAGCUCCGCCCUCUGUCGCAGGUGCCUUCUCACCAGGAUGGCUGCUUACAGUAGACAGCUGCUGUGUAAGCAGAGCCUAGAACAUUGGCAAUGGCAAGCACUUGCCACAGUCCCCUGCAGUACCAUAACUUCAGUGUCCCAAGAUCACUGUGACCAGUUGGGAGGAGGCCAGUUUGGGGAAACAUCAAAUUCUGUAUUGAAGGAAAAGCUUUCAGAGGGCAAGCCUAGGAAGAGAGUUGGGGGAAGGUUUUGUGAACUAGGUAUAGCCACUUAAAAAUGUUAAAGCUGGUCACUGCAAACAAGCCCUUCUGCACCUCUCUCCUGCCAGUUUGGCUCGCCACACUUGAAUCAAGCACGAGGAAGCAGUAAGGCCUAGCCUAAUAUAGCAGAGCAAAUACGGGGCCUGAACUCAGUUGGUUUCCAUCCUAACUUUGCUAACGACCAAUGUCAUGUCCUUGGGUAACCCACCCCCCGGACUCAAACUCCCAAUGAAGGAAAAGUUAGGACACUUAGUGGUGAGGCACUGAGUGUACCCUCCCCCAGCCUUCUCCUCAUUCUUGCUAGAGAGGAACCCAGGUGGGCCAAAAUGAGAAAAGGAACUGGGCCACAGAAUUUAAUCUUACGGUUCCUACAUUUCACUCUCUGAGGUUGCUUAUGAAAUCUCACCAUAUCAUUUAUAGAAUAAUCAGCAGUUAUAAAAUUUGGCUGAUUAUUUUUCUAUCCAGUACUUCAGCUGUGUUUUCUCAUGAGUGGUUCAGCAUGUGUUUGCAGACCCAAAGGGACUGAAGUACAUCAUGGCAUGGAGGUCAUCUCCCCAUCCUUUUAAAAGGAAGGAAACCAAACUUUUACUCUGUUCACGAGUGGAUGUUCGUUUGGGAAGCUUAACUUGACACCUAUGUGGAUUUUACUGUUUUUCUCUGUGGUUUUCCAUGUUCUGUCAUAUUCUGUUGACUUUUUUUUUUUUGACUAGAGUCUCAACUGUCCUAGAACACGGUGUGACAGGCUGAUAGCCGCAUGUGUUUUGGCAACAUUUUAAGGCGUGGUCAUCCGUCAGGCUUUGAGGUCUGUGGUUGCUUAUGCUCGCCGUCCUCCACAUUGAGCAAUGGCUGCUGAUGGAACCAGAAAUCUAACUAUUUGUGGUUGAGACUCUUCCUUAAAGCUGGUUUUCCAUUGUCAUGCUACAGACCACUGGUGGAUGCAUAUGCCCAGGGACAAGUGAUGGUUUAUUGUGUUGUUUGUGGUGCAGUAAGGAUACCCCAUGCUGGUGCCUGCAUGUUGGUACGCAGUUGUUGAAUUUCUCUCUCCUAAGCUACGUGCUGAAUCUUCCUCAGUCAGCCUGUCUUCUCGGCCAUAUGCUUUUGGCCAUAGGUGCUCAGUCUACCGGUUCGAAAGGGUCUCUAUUUCAAGAUGGUGUGGCAUCUCUCCUGUGCUGACUCCUUCUUGGUCCUUCACUGUGGCCUUCUCAAGAUGAGCCAUUUCGGUUGCAUCUGAAACCAGGGUGUGGCUGUGGCAUUGCUAGAACAGGAUGCACUUUGAGAACAAAUGUCGCUUUCUUAUGGCAUUUCCAGUAAUAACUUGGGGAGGAGGUGUUGCUUCCGAACAUGGAGAUUUUUCUAGAGGUCUGCUGAGCCCACAGAAAGAACCAGAAGAACGUUACAGAAAACCCAGUCAGGAUACGACGGUCAUCGGUCAGAAAUCCUUCUUCCUGUGGAACCAGAUGUCCCAGCCUGUCCUCAUCCUUCAGCCUCGCUCUUUGUCUUCACCUUUGGCAAGGAAGAGAUGACAGGAACCAUACCCGAAGGGUGCCCAGCUAGGAGCCACCCUCAUCAUAGUGACUGUCAGUGUUCAGUCGGCCCAGCCCUCCAGUAGACUUGAGAAGUAUUUGAGAACUGAAGGGGGUGAUUUCCUCUUAGAGGUCUCAGGGUCUUCAAGAGCUUUGGUCCAGGAUGGUGUGCUCAUCAUGCGGAUGACAAUUUUGUUACUGGAUUGUAAAGAGGGUUUUUUUUUUCUCUCUAGACUUGCCUCUCCUCUUCUUCUGUCUUAAACACGUGGCAGAUUCCCAAGGAGCAGUUUGCUCUAGAUCCCUGUUACUUUGGCAGAAAAAGAAAUGGAACUUAUACACAUAUUCCACAGCCUGUACACCAAAAGUAUUCUUCUCUAAAUACCAUCAAGUGAUGCCCUCCCCCCAAUCCUUCCUGGAAUGUAUCAUUUUAUUCUCUCUCUGAUUAUCUUCUGGGACCAGAGUCCUCUUCUUCAUGUCCCCACACCAUGAUCACAGGACACCAUUCACUGCCUCCUGUAGCCAGCCAAGCAGGCACCCUACAGUCUAUGCCAGGCAGUUGAGGAAUGGAAAUGACACCUCAAAUAAUGACAGUCCAUCAUUUAUUCCCACUCUGAAGUUUAGGGAGUUUAUUUUAGCCCUUAGCUUCCUGAGUGCAUUUGUACUGUAUUGUAAAAAAAAUCCUGCCCACAAAAUAAGCAUACCCCGAUCAAAGCAGAGUGUACCGGCAUCACGUAUCUUUGCUACCCAACAAUGGUGUCUUUUACCACAGCAUCCAACCUGGAGCUCACAGAACUGGUCUGUCACUUUUAAAAUUAGAUGCCUUUGAUCAGAAUCUGACUCACAGUGUUUGAGCUCUAUAGUUAUUUGAGUCCCUAGACCUUAUUUGAUCAUAUUCAAAAAAUCAUUUUCUGUGUUUGCUUUGAUUUGGUCCUCAAUAAAUUAAAGUGAUCCACGCUCUAACACUGCCAUAUCUGACCUUUUCUGCCAUCAUUACACGGUUCCUUUUGAUCAGACUUUUGAAGAUAGGUCUCUCCUAAUCUAUCUCAGAGUUUUGAGUGUUCUCUGAGACAAAUACUGGGCUUGUCUUCUAUCUUACACCAACACCCCUUCCUAAAAGUUGUUGCUUAGUUUUGGAAGCACUCGGGGGUUUCAUACUUAUUUUGUAUAACACCCAUUUAUAUUUAUUUCUGUAUAUAGAAAUAGAACAGAAAAGUAGUAGAUCUUCGUUGUGGUUCGACAUUGCUGCUUUUGGGUUAGGAUAGUGAAUAUAGGUUCCAGUUCCUCUCUCUUCUGUCUUUGGAGAGCUGUGAUUGAGUGUGCAAUUAUUUGGAAGGAGAAAAUGUAAAUUAAGAUAUCUGUAGUGUUUAUGGAAAAAGUCUCUGGGGACAUCAACUGCUUGUGUCUCUUUGGUGCAAUAAUUAAAUAGCAAGAGAAGCUGAAAUGACAACCAUACAAUCUAGUGACUCUCUUACUUGCUCAUGAUUCCUUUCUGUUCGCAAAUUCUCUGAAAAUUACUCUCUUUAACUGGGUUAACUUUUUAAGUUGCUUAAUUCUCAUAGUUUUUAAAACUAGGGUGGCUUAGAGGUAUCCAAAACAUGCUAUUACAAAACGAAAUUAUCGUAUUUGUGAACCAUUUAAUUGACUGAAAAAUCGUAAUUGCGGUCCUGCCUGGUCUCCUUGGGUUUUUAGCUUUUUAAAGCCUUUGUGGUUUAAACGAUAAUAAUGACUUAGUUUUCUGAGCUAAAGACUUCCUCGUUCCGUUCUCUUUUGAUAGCUAGGACUCAGCACCAGUGAGGAUGCGGGUCAUGUCCCAGAGCCAAGGCAGAGCAGUGCUUUGGUAAGGACAAAGAGGAACGAAUGCUGAAGAAGGAAAAGUCUAGAACAAUCUUUUGCUAAUAAGUACAUUAUGAUGAAAACUGCUGGGAAGGGUUUUUUUUUGUUUUUGAAUAAUAAAAAAAGGUAAACAUCGUACCUGUCCUUCAGAAUGCAAGCUGACACGACCUGUGUAAGCAGUCACUAGUGGCGGGAGCCCUUUAUCGUUCAUGUUCUACUUAAGAAAGUUUGUGCUGAAAUUUGAUUCAUAUCUUGGUAUGUUUUGGUGCAUAAAAGAGAAAAAAAUAAGUGUCUUUACUUUUGAAAUUUAAAGGACAAAGGGCAUGCUCUCUCAGUUUGUUGUAAGAUUGUAUUCUGUAUAUAUGUUUCCAUGUACAUAAAUGAAAAUAUAUAUCAGAGUUAUAUUUUAAUUUUUAUUCUAAAUGAAAAAACCCUUUUUACUUGAAAACAUGGU